AUGGUGCCGGCAGCCUUGGCACCCGGCGCUUUCGUGUUGUUACUGCUCUCCGUGGUAUUAGUACUGGUUACCUUGCUAACAGCAUUCAUUGUUAAAUUGGCGCUGUCCUGUAGCCCAGUCUGUAGCGAAACGGACGACGAAGCUCUCGAGUGUGAGUUGCACAGCAACGUCGAAGAACGAAAGCCCAACUCACGCCGGUCGAACGCCAACGACACCCAAAUGAUUGACGUCAACAAUUAUUAA